AUGACUUCUAAGCGAUUUUGGUUGAGGCUACCAAGAAAGGGGACAAAGGGUCCAAGAGAACUACCAAGAAAUAUUCUACGAAAGAAGGAACUUAUGAGGCUCCGAAACCUCCGUCUACGAAGCGAAAGGCUCCUACUACCUCUACUGCUGCACCAAAGCGAAGGAAGCAACCCGCUAGAAGGCGAAAGUCUCCUACUCCUACUCCAUCUCAGAGUGAAGACGCAAAUUCGGAUUCUAAUACCGAGUCGGAGAUUCGCAUUGAGGAGGAUCCCCCUAUUCACAAUGAAGAAGAUGAACCCAUUCACACUGAAUAACAAGAACACGUUCGUAAUGAGGAAGAAGAACAAGUUCGCACUGAGACCCCGUUUCCUAAUCGUGAGGGAAUGCAUGGAAGCCUACCAGGUUACAUACAAUGCCAAUACCACAACAACGAACAAGGCUAUUCAGAAUGUUGGUGCCAUGUUCCAAGCAGAAAAGGCGAACUUUGCUGAACUUUGCACCGUGUUCAAGUCCGAUCAUGAAGCAUUACAGAAUUCUAUCGAUGCGAAACUCACAAAGCUUCAAGAAGAGUUGGCGAUGGAGAAAAAAGAUCAUGGAUGCUCUCGCGGUCAAGGAGGAAAAGUGUAA